CCCUCCACCCACCUACUUCUUUUCUUUGUGAAUGUGCAGCCCUUGCCUGCUCAAGCUGCCUGCUCUGGUCGAACCUCUAACAGGCUUGCUUCUUCCCACAUUUUGUAGCCAUGUAUUUAGGGAAGUUAGUCCAUGGCUCCGAGUCUCAGUUCUGUGAGGAUUACGUAUGAUCAAUGGGAUAUUGUUUUGCAAUAUUCCCAGUGGCACACUUUUUUUUCUUCUGCUAAGCUAUACCCUGGAGGAGCAGUCUUUUCCUCAGAGACAGGUUUAUAGUGGAUGAGAAAGGAAGUUUUGAGUUUCAAAAUCCAAGACUCUGGGGGGACGGGGCAAGAAAAACCCAGGAGCAAUCUCUUAGGGGGCCCACUGAUAUGUAUGAAGGCUCCCCACUCCCAGGCAGAGUGGUCCCCUGCCGAGCCAGAACUACUGGAAGUGUGGGCAUUCAAAGUGCUGAGAGAAUGAACGGUUGAGUCCAGAUGACCCUAUAGCUGCCCUAUGGCGGUCUGCAGUGGCCUCCUGGGGUGGCUAAGGAGAGGAUGCUGAGUGGGGAAGCAGGCAGGUCUGCUGAUGAUUAUCAAAGACCAAGUGUUGAUGUGUCCCUGAUGUGAAUGGGUGAAGAGGUAAGAACAGGGAUCAGGGGCUCCCCACACCAAUGCCUUGGUGCUGAAUACUCCCACCCUCCAUGCCCACUUAGCCUCAGCAGAAAAAGAGGGGGAAUUCUGAGCUGGGUAGCACAUCCAUUUCACACAUCCAUUUCUAUCCCUUGCAGAAUGGCACCUGGGAGAUGGGGUCGUUUGUAGACGCACUCCUGUCCUUCACAAGGAGAGCCCUGGAAGCUUCCUCAAAUGACCUUGAGCACCCCAUCUUCUAUGCCCCUGAAAAUAUCACCGACUAGUGGCCUUGCUGAGAAGAGCCCUGUGGCCACUGGGUGGCUUCUCCAGACCUCUCUUCCUGCUCCUGUCCCCAUGCAGCUGGGCUUAUUCCUGCACUCUUUUGUGCUACUGACUCUGGCUACUGCCAUUUGUAACCUAAAUAACUGCCGCGUAAUGUAAUGAAAUGCAAGCAUGCAAAAACCAGAGAGAGCUGUGGUUUCUAUGGUAAUUAAACUGAGUGUUUCCUUAAGGGCACACUGUUGAAAGAAAAGAAAACUGGCUGUCACAGUGGGGGUGUGUAUAAGGCAGCUGCAAAAGUUUGGAGAGAUGGUAGGUGUCUAGAAUGUUCUGUGCUUAAAGCACUUCGAAGCCUUUCCAGGUUCUUCCUCCAUCAGAAUGAAGCGGGUAUUGCCGAGCACAAAGUCCCGUAAAGGUGGUCUGUGUAAGUCAGAAGGGAGAAGGGUUUCCCACUCUGCAUGGGAAGGAAAUCUUACUUGAACAUAAAAUAUUGGCAAAAUAGAGAUGCAUUCAUGCCAGAAGAUACGUAUGUAGGGCUGAAGAGAUGGCUUACUGGCAGCAGAGGGCGUGGGUUCAGUUGCAGCACCCACAUUUUGGCUUACAACUGCCUUUAACUCCAGUUCCGGGAGGAUCUGCCUCUUUUCUAGUCUCUGUGGGCACCAGGCAGGGAAGUGGUGCACAUACAGACAUGCAGGCAGAACACUCAUACACAAUAAGAAAUAGAAAUAAAAUCUUAAAAGCACUAAAAUGAUCUUAUUCUAAAAAAAAUACACGUGCAUACAUGUAUAUGUGGAUGUACAAUAUUCAUGCACAAGGUGAUGGUGGGUAUUGAUAUCUGGGCCCGGUACAUGGUAGGCAAGCACUUUAUCAUUGAGCUACAAACCUAGAGAAUAUACCACGCCCCCACCCCAUCUCCAGUUCCACCAAUGAGACGCAUCCUAUCUGUUAAGGCCCUUCACCGGUACUUGGCAUGUCUCACUUAAUGGCAACUUAUUUUUCAUUAAAGAAAUCUGGGACUUUGGUGUGCCUUAGGUGUGCCCGAGGGGUAACACCAAGAGAGUCCUUUAAAAUGUCCCAGAUAGCCCGCCCGCAGCAAUCUGACAACCCACGCGGAUUACCCUGGGCCACCAGGGGUCAGAGCUGGGCAGUCUCGCCAUUGCCGCGAUCUUCCCGGCAGGGGGCGCUGUCCGGCCGCAGUGGCCGCGCGGGCCGCGUUCUGAUUGGCUGGAGGCGGCGGCCCUCGUCCACGGCCGCACGACCUGGCCGCUAAGUGGCGAAGCUCGCCAGUCGGAGCGCCAGUCUGAGGGCCUCCGAGGUAGCGGCAAGGCGGGCGCGGCGCGGCGGGGCGGAGGGGACAAGAUCAGGGCAGGAGGCAAGCGGUAAAUCGAAAGAGCCCCGCACAUCCAGCAAAAUGCUGUCCUGGCGGCUGCAGACGGGCUCGGAAAAGGCCGAGCUCCAGGAGCUCAAUGCUCGGCUUUAUGACUACGUGUGUCGGGUGCGGGAGCUGGAGCGCGAGAACCUGCUGCUGGAGGAGGAGCUGCGCAGCCGGUUGAGCCGGGAGGACCUCUGGAUCGAGGACCAGGCGCGCUUCGCCGAGGAGGCGCGCAGCCUGCGGCAGCAGCUGGACGAACUGAGCUGGUCCACAGCGCUGGCCGAGGGCGAGCGCGACGCGCUGCGGAGGGAGCUCCGGGAACUGCAGCGGGAGGGCGCCGAAGCCAGCUCUGCCCGCAGCCGCCUGGACGCCGAGCUGGGCGCGCUGCGGCGGGAGCUGGAGGAGGCGCUGGGAGCCCGCGCCGCCCUCGAAGCGCUGCUGGGCCAGCUAGAGGCCGAGCGCCGCGACCUGGACGCGGCCCACGAGCGCCAAGUGCGGGAGCUCCGCGCCCGCGCCGCCAGCCUCACCAUGCACUUCCGAGCCCGCGUCCCCGGCCCCGCCGCGCCCCCGCCGCGCCUGCGGGACGUGCACGACAGCUACGCGCUCCUGGUGGCCGAGUCGUGGCGGGAGAGCGUGCAGCUGUACGAGGACGAGGUGCGCGAGCUGGAGCAGGCGCUGCUCCGCGGCCAGGAGAGCCGGCGCCAGGCGGAGGACGAGGCGCGGCUGUGCGCGCAGGAGGCGGACGCGCUGCGGAACCAGGCGCUGGAGUUGGAGCAGCUGCGCGCGCGGCUGGAGGAUGAGCUGCUGCGGAUGCAGGAGGAGUACGGGAUACAGGCCGAGGAGCGGCAGAGAGUGAUUGACAGCCUGGAGGACGAAAAGGAAGCCCUCACCUUGGCCAUGGCUGACCGGCUGCGGGAGUACCAGGAGCUUGUGCAGGUGAAGACUGGCCUCAGCUUGGAGGUGGCCACCUACAGGGCCUUGUUGGAAGGAGAAAGCAAUCCGGAGAUACUGAUCUGGGCUAAGAACAUUGAAAACAUGCCACAAGAGUCCAGAAGCACAUCCUAUCGCUAUACCAGCUCAGUGUUACAGAGGAAAAAUGAGAAAAAUCUAUUUCCAAGGCAAAAAACACCUUGGGCAGCUGUAAAUCACAGCUCUGCUCUGUAUUCUAACAGGCCAGGGCACCUUGACUCAGAGACAACCACAACUGUUGGGAGCACUACCAGAAGGGGGUUCCUGACCUCCGGGUAUUCCUCCUCAGCUACAACCCUGCAGCAAAAAUCCCUUGAGAAAACUGUCAACAGUCAAGCCAGUCCCCGACCUGGCGCCCCAACUCAUGGCCAUCUGAGAAACACUGAUGCUCAAGUGAAAACAUUCCCUGAUCGAUCCAAAGUUGAAGGCACCAGGGACACCCCCAUACGACUGGCCACCGAGUCCAUUAUCUCCAGAGAGUCACACAAAGAUCACCGGGACAACGUGGCGGCAGGUGCCGGGAACAGCGCUCGGUCAAAUGAGAGAACUGUCAUUUUGGGAAAGAAACUAGAAGUGAAAGCCUCCAGGGAACAAGAAAGGGACAGAUCAGGGGUCAUCAAACUAAAGCCAGAAGAGAAAAGGUUUGAUUCUAAAGAGAAGGGUUCAGAAGAAAGAAACCUGAGGUGGGAAGAACUGACCAAGUUAGACAGAGACGCGAGAACGAGAGAAAGCCAGCAGAGGAGGGACGAGCUCAAAGAGAAGAGAUCACUUCAGGAGGGAGGUGUGAAGGAAAGGGAAGUACCCAUCCAUCUAGAAGCAUCCCGGGGCAGCAGCCCAGAAGUGUCCACAAAAGGCUUGCAGUCACCCGGGAGGAAGGACGCUGGCAACGGUAAGGGAAGAGGGGCGGAAACCAAAGAGGCCAUGUUCUGGUUGGACACCCGGGACGCCGCCAGCUCCCCGCCAAGUGAUUCUGUGACAGAGACCGUAGCAGAAAACAUCGUCACCACCAUCCUCAAGCAGUUCACGCAGUCCCCAGAGGCGGAAGAGAAUGCCAGUUCUUUCCCAGACACAAAGGUCACUUACGUGGACAGGCAAGAACUCCCUGGCAGUAGGAAAACCAAGACAGAAAUUGUUGUGGAGUCUAAGCUGACAGAAGACGUUGAUGUGUCUGACAAAGCUGGCCUGGAAUACCUUUUAAGCAAGGAGGUCAAGGAAGUGAGGCUGAAAGGAGAGUCAGCUGAGAAGAUGAUUGGAGAGAUGAUCAACGUUGGUCUGAAAGGAAGGGAGGGGAGAGCCAAAGUCGUAAACGUGGAGAUUGUGGAGGAGCCCGUGAGCUACACAGGUGGUGGGAAAACGGAGUUUUCUACCCCCUUCCAAGUGGAAGAAGCCGAUGAUGUGUCUCCCGGCCCCAAGGGGUUUGUCGAGGAAGAGGAUGGUGAUGGAGAGACCCAUGUGCAGUUCUCAAUGCAUCAACAUCAAAGGACCAAGCAGCCCCAGGGGAGCAUCCCUCACGUGGAAGAAGUGACGGAGGCAGGUGGUGACUCAGAGGGAGAGCAGAGUUACUUUGUGUCUACCCCAGAUGAAUACCCCGGGGGGCAUGACAGAGAAGAUGAUGGAUCAGUGUAUGGACAAAUCCACAUAGAGGAAGAGUCCACCAUCCGGUACUCAUGGCAAGAUGAAAUUGUGCAGGGCACUUGGAGAAGGAAAAGGAGAGAUGACAUGGGGGAAGAGAAGCAUGUGAAGGUCCUGGAGAUUCCAGCGCCUUCCCUGGGGGGUGCCGUUGGUUCUGCUCACUUAAAGGAAGAAGCUAGUGGUGAACUGCAUGCAGAACCCACAGUCAUUGAGAAAGAAAUCAAAAUACCGCAUGAGUUCCAUACCUCCAUCAAGGGGGUCUUCUCCAAUGAGCCCCGGCACCAGCUGGUGGAGGUCAUCGGGCAGCUGGAGGAAACCUUGCCGGAGCGCAUGAAGGAGGAGCUGUCUGCUCUGACCAGACAGGAUCAAGGAGAGCCGGGGAGUGUCUCAGUGGAUGUAAAGAAGGUCGAGAGCUCUGCUCCUGGUUCUGUGACCUUGAUGGCUGAAGUCAACCUCUCGCAGACGGUGGAUGCUGACCAGUUAGACCUGGAGGAGUUGAGCAGGGAUGAAGCUGGAGAAAUAGAGAGGGCUGUGGAGUCUGUGGUAAGAGAGAGCUUGACCAAGCGCUCCAGCCCAAUGCCUAGAAGCCCAGACAGGGAAGAUGGAGAGGAGGUGCCUGCUGGGGGCAUUCUCUUCAAGCGCUGGGCCACCAGGGAACUGUAUAGCCCAUCUGUUGAGAGGGAUGAUGCUGGCUGGACCCCUUCCAGCUCAGAUCAGCGUGUAACCCAGGGCCCAGUGUCGGCCACCGUUGAAGUCACCAGCCCAACGGGCUUUGUGCAGUCUCACACGCUGGAGGAUAUAAGCCAGUCUGUGAGGCAUGUUAGACUAGGCCCCACUGAAAUGUGGAGAACUGAGCAGGUGUCCUACGGAGGACCCACCGCACAGGUGGUGGAGGUAAGUGAGGACCUCAGUGAGGCAGUCAGCUCUGAGGGAGCCAGCCGCUCUGUGAGGCACAUUACACUGGGUCCCCGUCAAAGUCGCGUGUCCACAGAAGUCACCUUCCGAGGCUCUGUGCCUACCUGGCGGGAAGCAGGAGACACAGAAGAGCCUCACCCAGCAGCACUGGCUGUAGAAGCAGACAUAUCCAGGAACCACAGAAUGUCUGGCUCUGAGCAGUUUCAUGCUGAAAAGGAAAUUCGUUUUCUGGGUCCUAUUUCUGGGGCAGCCCAGGCUGGUAGUAAUUUUGCAACGGAGGAGUCAGUGGGUACCCAGACUUUUGUUAGGCAUCUCCAGUUAGGCCCCAAAGAAGGGUUCAGGGAGGAAAUCCAGUUCAUAGCUCCCAUCCCAGACAAAGUGGAGUGGGGAGGAGAAGAGGGUUCUGAGCACACCAGAGUGUCUCUAGGGAGGAGUACAUCCAUCCAACACGUUGACAUUGGGCCUCAGAGGCACCAAACCUCCAAGCUGAUAGCUCCACAGACCUUGGAAUUUAGGAACUCAGAAGGCACGGUUCUUGUGGAGGGCUCAGCAGGGAUGACCCAGGCCACUCACAGUUUCACCUCAGGUAGAGAAAUCCUGAGGAGCAAAGAGAACACAUUCCAGAGGGUCGUUUCUGAGUCCCUUCCGGACAGUGUGGGGGACACAGGAGCAGAGGUGACAGCAGGCACCAGCAGGUCCUUUAGGCACAUUCAGAUAGGCCCUACAGAGAAGGGCCCCUCUGAACACAUUGUCAUCCAUGGACCCAUGUCUAAAACAUUUGUACUCGAUGGUUCAGUGGCGUCCCCUGAGCUCGGUGGGCAAGCAGGGGACAGCAGCACACUAAGCCACAUUGCACCAGGGCCCAAAGAAACUUCAUUUACUUUUCAGAUGGAUGUGAGUAACACAAGGGCGAUCCGCAGCUGGACCCGAGACGCAGGGUCAGAAGUGGAAGCUCACAGUGUGUCUGACCGUGGUGGCUGGAGAAUCGCCCACAGUAGGACUGAGCAGGUCACCAGCAUGAGCUCUCAGGCCUCCGCUGGGGAUGGACACCAGACCCGCGGAGAGAAAGGCGAGGAGCAGGCUGGAUUUGACAAGACCGUGCAGCCGCAGAGAAUGGUAGACCAAAGGUCAGUGGCCUCAGAUGAGAAGAAAGUCGCCCUUGUCUAUCUAGACAACGAGGAGGAGGAAGAGGGCGAUGGAUGGUUUUGAUAAGCGGAACGAUCUUGUCUUAAAUGGCGCUUUGGAAACAUACCACUACACACAGCCUUUAACACACCAAUAUACAAAGCCUUUACUAAUUGUGUGGGGGAGGGGGAGGCUGGUUAUCAAUACCUUUAUUUAGAGAACCUGAGGCGGAGUCAGGUUGCUUUAGAAUUCAUCUGUAAAGGUUUGAGAGCAACUCUGGCCUCUUAAGGCUUUCAGAUUUUACGUUUGAGCUGAGACUUUUGCAGACACUUUUCAUCUUUUUAGUCUUAAAAAGCUCCUUUCUCUAAAGCUUUCUUUCCACAUAUGGAGAGAGUUUGUAGAGUUUUGCAUCAGGUCACAGGCGUGACUUACUGCUGUUCUACUGUUUAUCUGUAAGCAAGACACUUUAACAUUAACAUUAACCAGAUUAAAAUAAUAUACUUAAGGGUAGGCUUUAUUUGCAUGUGCUAAUAUCCAACGGUAGACUAACACUGGGAAGGAAAAUACAUAGAGUUUUUCCCCUUCCUAAGUCUUUUCAAAAAGAAAUUAUAGAAGGGCUGGAGAGAUGGCUCAAUGGUUAAGAGCUUGUACUGCUCUUGCAGAGGACCUGAGUUCAGUUCCCAGCACCCAUAUCAGGGGGCUUACAACCGCCUGUAACUCCUGCUCCAGAGGAUCCGAUGUCCUUUCUGGCCUCUGUAGGCACCUGCACUCAUGUGCACAUACCUACACACACACACACACACACACACACACACACACACACACACACACACACACACACA